UGCUGUGGCUCUACGCGAGGUUCCCAGCUUUGAGACUUUGUCAGCUGAAAUGGAAUCAUUGAAAAGACACCUCUCACAGCUUGACUCACCAAUUGUGCUCUGCCAUAACGACCUUCUGACAAAAAACAUAAUCUACAACCAGAAAGAGGGAAUGGUUAAAUUCAUUGACUACGAAUACGCCGAUUACAACUACCAGGCCUUCGAUAUUGGCAAUCACUUCAAUGAAUUUGCUGGUGUGAAUGAUGUUAACUACAGCCUCUACCCGAGCCGGGAGCUGCAGAGGGACUGGCUGACGGCCUAUCUGGAGAGUUACAAGCACAACUCAGGAUGUGAGGUCACUGUUACAGAGGCAGAAGUUACACAGCUCUACAUUCAAGUCUGCAAAUUCUCACUGGCAUCCAACUUCUUCUGGGGUCUUUGGGCCAUCCUGCAAUCAAAGUACUCCUCGAUCGACUUUGACUUCCAAAGAUAUGCCAUGGCACGACUCAAGUACUACUUUGAAAAGAAAGAGGAAUAUUUUGGAUUGUCAAUGAGCUAGAAACAGAGGAUAAAGGACCAGCAUUUUUUUUUUUUAAAUUAGAAGUAGUAUUACCCUGCUCAGACCAGAGUUUUCAGUCAUGUGAUCCAUGUCCUUCUUUGUCACAUCAUACAAUGCUAUUCACUAAACCCACUGUGGAAAUAAAGGCAUAGAAUAAGCUUGUAAAUGUGCUCCCCAUUGUUUGUUUUUUCAGGCUGUUGUGUGAGUUAAAAUGUUUUGCUAUC